UAACAUAUUCUCUUUAUAUAUAUUUUAGAAAUGGUGGGUUUAUAUGCUAUUAUGAUAAUGAUGAGUUGGCUAAAUGCAGCUACAAUUUAAUAAAAACUUAUCAUUCCACUACAAAUGUAAUAUUACAUUUAAAAUAUAUUCAGAAUUAUUCUCCCACCUCCCCCCCACUGAACUUUGUACACAGCUUUUAAAAUCUGCAUCUGAUAAUGCUAUGCAAUCUGGAUAGUUUAGCAAAUGACAAUAUACCUUUUUCAUAUAAGAGUUAAUCAGUAGCUAGAGUGGUUUUACUGGUUGAUUAUAUUAGAGGGAAAAGAUUUCCCCCCCCUUGUUGUACUUUGUAAGCUUUAACGUUUAUGUGGUACUGUGUAUGAAGAGUAAAAGAAAAAAAAUGAAAUCUGAAAAGAAGUUUUUAAAUGGUACAAUUAAUUUUCACUUCAAUUAAUUUAUGUUCCAAUUUUUAAUGAGUUAGACCAUUUUUGUUGUGGCGACAUUUUUUUUUUUUUUUUGGAAGAGUAGUUCUUGUUCUCAGCCCCUAUCUCUUUCCCUUUUUCCCCUCCCCCAACUUUUACCUGCAGAUUUGCAUGUUUGACCUAGCAAAGUAAUUGGGCCCACAGCAACAUGGGCGUGCCUCCCUUAGAAACACUUAGUUUCAUGUAUGACUCAUAAGCUAAGGCACAGACACCACUUCCCCAAUCUACAGGAGCCAUUUUAACAGCACCAAACUGCUGGAUUUCUUUUAUCAUCUAGCCCCUGGGAUCAAAUCAAGAGGGAUGAGACUUAUUUAAGGGGAAGACAUCUAAAUGAAGAAAAAUAAGUCAAAAGAAGGCUUCCUUUGUUUAUAUUAAAAGACUGAAAAACUCAGAAAAUUUGUGUUUUUGACACCUGUGAUUUGUACAGCAAGUUGAAUAUUGAAAUCUUCAUCUGAUACUCGAACCUGAAAUUUUUUCUCAUGAAGCAUUAAGGGGAAUGCUUUAUUAUGGCUGCUGUUGUACAACAGAACGAUCUAGUCUUUGAAUUUGCCAGUAACGUCAUGGAGGAUGAGCAACAGCUUGGUGAUCCUGCUAUUUUCCCGGCUGUUAUUGUGGAACAUGUUCCUGGUGCAGAUAUCCUUAAUGGUUAUGCUGGUCUAGCCUGUGUGGAUGAACCUAGCGAUAUGAUUACUGAAAGUUCAUUGGAUGUUGCUGAGGAAGAAAUUAUUGAUGAUGAUGAUAUCACUCUUACAGUUGAAGCUUCUUGCCAUAAUGGAGAUGAAACGAUUGAAACAAUUGAAGCUGCUGAGGCCCUUCUCAAUAUGGACUCCCCAGGUCCAAUGCUGGAUGAAAAAAGAAUGUCUAAUAUAUUUGCUUCAUCUGAAGAUGAGAUUGUUGUUGCACCCAUUACCCAUGUAUCAGUCACACUGGAUGGGAUUCCCGAAGUGAUGGAAUCACAUCAAAUUCAAGAUACAUACAUUGAAUCCCUGGAAACUACAAUACCAGAGCAACCUAAGAGAAAGAAAGAAAAAAGAGACAAGAAAGAACCUUUCAGAUGGAGUCAGUUAGAUGACUUAGAGAGGAAAGGGAGAAAAAGUAAAACACUUCGACCAGAUUCCCCAGCUACUACACCAAAUAUAUCUUUAAAGAAGAAAAACAAAGAUGGGAAGGGAAAUACAAUUUAUCUUUGGGAGUUCUUAUUAGCACUUCUUCAGGACAAGACCACCUGUCCCAAAUACAUCAAGUGGACCCAGAGGGAGAAAGGAAUUUUUAAACUAGUGGAUUCUAAAGCUGUGUCUAAGUUAUGGGGAAAACACAAAAACAAACCUGAUAUGAAUUAUGAAACUAUGGGAAGAGCUCUCAGGUACUACUACCAAAGGGGUAUUUUGGCUAAAGUGGAAGGUCAGCGCUUGGUUUAUCAAUUUAAAGAAAUGCCAAAAGACCUUAUUUACAUAGAUGAUGAAGAUCCUAGUUCCAGCUUAGAAUCUUCAGAUCCAUCAUUGUUAUCUUCAACAACCACUUCUAGCAGAAACCAACCAAGCAAAUCCAGAGUGUCUUCAAAUCCAGGGAUAAAAGGAGGAUCCGCCACUGUUCUGAAACCAGGGAAUUCUAAAUCUAAACCCAAAGAGCCUGGGGAAGCCCCACAGACACACCUGUCUGCUCUGUCACCUGAAGUUGUGAGGACAGUUCAAUCAUCACAGGCUCCACAUCCUGUUCAGCUCUUUCGGACUGUUCAUCUUAUGCAGCCAAUACAAGCUGUUUCAGAAGGGCAAGGAGCUGUAACCAGUAACAUGCAAGAUGAAACAUUAAAUUCUUCUCUUCAAAAUAUUAGGACUCUGCAGACUCCUACCCAAGUUCCUGUAGUGGUUUCUCCUGGGAAUCAGCAGUUGCAUACAGUCACACUCCAGACAGUGCCACUUACAACAGUCAUAGCCAGCACAGAUCCAGCAUCAGGAACUGGGUCUCAGAAAUUUAUUUUGCAAGCCAUUCCAUCAUCACAGCCUGUGACUGUCCUGAAAGAAAAUGUCGUGCUGCAAUCCACAAAGCCAGGCUCUCCUCCUUCGUCUAUUGUUUUCAGUCCUGCCCAUGUUCUUACUAGCAAUGUCCAGACCCUUUGCAAUGGGACAGUCAGUGUGACUUCAUCUCCGUCCUUCAGUGCUACUACUCCUGUGGUGACCUUUUCCCCUCGAAAUUCACAGCUAGUUGCUCACCCACCAGGCACAGUGAUCACUUCAGUAAUCAAGGCGCAGGACACAAAAGAAACUGUUAUACAAGAAAUGAUAAAACAGGAGGUGGAAGAUAACAGGAUAGAAGACCUUGAACCAGAACAGAAUAUUGAGCUGCAGUCACAGCCCAUUGUAGUGAUGGUGUCAAGUUCUAAUGGAUUCCCACCCCAUGUGACUGUGAGAAGAGACAGUGAACAUUUGGAGUCCCAUUCUUAUUAAUAUACCAAACAAAUUAUGGAUGAUUUUAAAAAAAUUACUGCAAUAUUUUUUCGUUGUGUAUAAAGGAUUUGAUUCUGAAGCAAAUGUUAUAGAGCACUGUAAUUUUAUAAUUAAUUAUUAGUCAAAACUUAGUUUUGCUUUUCUGUUAAAUGUUUAAAAAAAAAUCUGCACCUGCUCCAAGGACAUAUUUUAGAAUUAAAGCAUGAAGGAACAUGCAUUUUAUAUUAUGAAGGCUUUCUUUUCAGAUCUUUGUCUCAGUUGCUAUAAUGUAUCUUAAAAAAAAACAAAACCAAACCAAAAACAAAACCUUCUUUCUAAUUCUACAUUAUGGUAGCUUUUCUGUUUCCAAUGUAAAUAUAUUAGUUAAAUAUAAGGCAACAGUUUAUGUAGAAACUAUGUUCAUUCCACUUCAAGCUUAACAAUAGCAAAUAUCAAGUGACUUAUCUCAUGAUAUAUUUUAAAAAUUGAUUUCUGUUGCCCAUCUACUUCCCAUUGUAACACCAUAUAAUAAAAAAUUUGGUGUGCAAAAUGUAAAAUGGAGGAAAAAACUCAAAACUUUAAGCAUUCUUCAAUCUAUGUUGCUUUGCAGGGGCAAACUAGAACAGUGCUGGAAUGGUUUAUUCUGAACUUUUUUACUUUCUAUGUGAUCUUGACUACAUCAAUUAAUUUCCAUUUCCUCGUGAGAAAUUAGGUGAUCUUUAAGAUUCUGGCCAGUUCUCAAAUACUGUAAUUUCCACACUCCCAUAGGAUGAAAAGAAUUGCUGUUAUCUGUUAACAUGUUAUCAAGUUGGGCUCUAGGUCCUUUAGUUCUAAAAUACUCUGAUUUUAAUAGUCUCAUACUAAACAUUUUAUUUCACCAUUUAAAAUAAUCAAGUUUUUGUAAAUAAAUUACACCUGAGGAAACAACAUGUAAGAGUAGUUCUUGAUCAGCCUUUUUUUUUUUUUUUUUUUUUUUUUUUGCCAAAUUAUCUAUCUAUCUAUCUAUCUAUCUAUCUAUCUAUCUAUCUAUUGUCUACUUGGAUACUUUGGAGAUUUCAUUAACUUCUUGUAGACUACCUAAUGACAUUUAGUAAAUGUUGGCUAUGAUUUACUAAAUGAUAUAUGUGUGUGUGUGCGUGCGCGCGCACACACACACACACACACACACACACACACACACUAGUAGUCUGAAUGAGGAGAGGGUACAUUUUUUAAGUGCCUACUUAAUUUUAUUGAAAAAUUUUAGCUUUGAGCCAAUCUGGUUCACUUGUCAAUAGCUUAUAAAAAUUUAAUCUUUCUGUUCUUUAUGUAAUAGUGAUGGGGGUGGGUGGGAGUGGGAUUUGUAUACAUAUAUAUGUGUAUAUAUACACACACAUGCUCAACUGCACACACACACAUAAAUGCAUACAUAUCCAGGCUUUUGAAGAUGGAGUAGUUUUAGAAUACUUUUUCAACUGUAAAUAUUGUACAUUUAAUUUCACAAGGAAAAAAAAAUUAAGUUUUCAACAAAUUUAUUUCCUAGUAUAGAGAUUUUUAUAGAUGAAAAAUCAUUAUGUUUAGAGGCCUAAUGUUAUAUGUAUUCAUAUUAUUAUAGAGUGAAUUUGUAUUUAAGGACACAUUAAAAAAUUUUUGAAAUUCCUAAAUUUUUUGUAUUUUAAUUGGUUUAUUACUGAAUAAAUCAUGUGAAAAGUUCAAGUAUUCUUGUCUGUUUUUAGGGCAGGCUAUUUAUUUCUAAAUAUUGUAUACUGGAGAAUGUUUCCUAUAUAAGAUUUAUAUACAGUAAGCUUUAAGCAGAAUAUUUUGUUAACUAUAAAGGAUUACAUGUAAGUACUUGAAUGAAUGAAAUCAAUCUUUUUGGAUAGUGAAAUAAAACUUUUUUCUCAUGAUGAAAA